CUCGGACUGAAAAAACAGGGCAGAAAUAUUUGAAAGAAAGCAGAUUAGAGAAGCAGUUUGAGAAUCAUUAACGUAGACAACACAUGUAAGCACAAAAUCUAAUACUGAUAAAACUAUCAGCCGCACUAAAUCAAUAAUAAUAAUAAUUUAAUACGUAAUGCCUUAUUUUUUGUAGUAGGUGUCUGUCCUACUGCUAAACAAAAAACACAAAAUCAAGGACAAAUAAAACAACAAAAAAACAAAAAACAAAACAACCGUCAUCGAGAAAAAAAACUUGGGAGUUUGUAAAAAAGGGCGAGGCUUAUGCUGUUCGGUUCCUGCCAUGGUUCCUGCCCGUGGUUCGGCUCUCUGGGUCCCCGUAGCGAUCAGUCGGAGCGCUGCAGUUGUCAUUCUCGUUACCGUGCCGUUUUCCAGCGUUUGUUUUCGGCUCCAUGUUGAAGUUUUCUCCGUCUAGGGCAGGGACUCUCCCCGCGGCACACGCAAUCAGUUAGUCCACGCCACCGAGUGACACAGCCCGCAGACGGGCGCGCGCGCAGCGCCCUCGGCCGAUUUGCACUGGCGCGGGUCAUUUCAGGUUAAACCGUGCCGCUGUCCCGUUCACUUCAGCCGUCGGAGACCAACGGCGGUUCCAGUUUGAGGAGGGAAUGUUCGCGCACCGGGACUCCGAUUAACACUGGGCUCCGCGCUUCGUCUUGCAUGUGAGGUGUUUGUCUCGGGGAGCUCAGCAGCUCCUCAACGCUGCCCGGAGUCAGACUUCACCACUUCCUCUGCUUGGUGGCUUCCCAGAUGUCUGAGGAGGAUCUGAGGAUGACGUCUUGGCCUUGAACCCCACCAUUAUGUCAGAGCCAGCAGACAAAUGCUCCCCCCGGUGGAAAGAUGAGGCCAUUCAAAACGGGUACAUACCAAGUUACCUGGACAAGGAUGAGUUAUGUGUAGUGUGUGGGGACAAAGCCACAGGCUAUCACUAUCGUUGCAUUACUUGUGAAGGCUGCAAGGGUUUCUUUAGGCGGACGAUCCAGAAGAACCUCAACCCAACCUACGCUUGUAAAUACGAGGGGAAAUGCGUCAUCGACAAAGUGACCAGAAACCAGUGCCAGGAAUGCCGCUUCAAGAAGUGCAUAGCCGUGGGGAUGGCGACUGACUUGGUGCUGGACGACAGCAAGAGGUUGGCCAAGCGGAAGCUAAUCGAGGAAAACCGGGAGCGCCGGCGUCGGGAGGAGCUCCAGAAGACAGCGUGGGACCGACUGGAGCCCACUCAGGAGGAGUGGGACCUGAUCCGACUGGUGACCGAGGCCCAUAUGGUCACGAAUGCCCAGGGCAACCACUGGAAGCAGAAGCGGAGAUUCCUGGUGAGACGUCGUCCCCCGGCCUGCUUUCACUGUGUUGAUAACCCUGCCUUAGCCAAUUCACCUCCCACCCCUACCGCCCCCCCGCCCUUGUCCCUUCCACAUCGCGCCCCUGUCUCUUCCACCUCCACUGCCACCACAGCCACUGUUCCACUCUUCCCAGUGUUAAUAUGUCCAUGUGUUUUUUUGUAUCUCCUUGUAGAGUGGGGAGAAUUAGCUGGACGAUGGAGAAAAGUCGAGGAAGCUAUGCUUCUUAAUGAAAUAACAUGUAAUUUAUUCUAUACUUCUGACCAGAGUGCAGCAGGGGUGAAGGACACUAAGCCUGAGGAUGUUGGUCAAGCGCCCAUGCUCAAUGCACCAGAAGGAAACAAAGUGGAUAUAGAAGCCUUCAGCCAGUUUACAAAAAUUAUCACCCCUGCCAUAACCCGAGUGGUGGACUUUGCCAAAAAACUGCCUAUGUUUUGUGAGCUGCCUUGUGAAGACCAGAUCAUCCUGUUGAAAGGCUGCUGCAUGGAGAUCAUGUCGCUGCGAGCUGCCGUCCGCUACGAUCCAGAGAGCGAGACGCUCACGCUCAACGGGGAGAUGGCGGUGACGCGAGGCCAGCUGAAGAACGGAGGUCUGGGUGUGGUGUCGGACGCCAUCUUUGACCUUGGCGUGUCGUUGUCCAACUUUGACCUGGACGACUCAGAGGUGGCUCUGCUGCAGGCCGUUAUCCUUCUUUCAUCAGAUCGACCGGGCUUAACGAGCGUGGAGCGGAUCGAGCGCUGCCAAGAGGAGUUCCUGCUGGCGUUCGAACAUUACAUCAACUACCGCAAACACAAAGUGUCGCAUUUCUGGCCCAAGCUGCUAAUGAAGGUGACUGACCUGCGCAUGAUCGGCACGUGCCAUGCCAGCCGCUUCCUACACAUGAAAGUGGAAUGUCCCACCGAGCUAUUCCCUCCUCUCUUCCUGGAGGUCUUCGAGGACUGACCAAUGGAUUCUUCUGUGUGUGUGUGUAUGUGUGUAUGUGUGUAUGUGUGUGUGUGUGCGUGCGCGUGUGUGCGCGUGUGUGUGCGUGUGUGUGCGUGUGUGUGCGUGUGUGUGCGUGUGUGUGUGUGUGUGUGUGUGUGUGCAUCUGUCAGUGUCUGGGCACCCUGGUGGUCUCAGGGGUGGAACUAGCAGAAGCCCUGUCACAACAAACUUUCUAUUAGCACUACUGAGUGUCACUUCAUUCCCUGAUGUAGGAGUAGCUCUCGGGUCUAGAUUCGGAUGGAACCAUUCCUUACAGUGCGGGUACAUGUGAAUACCAAUAUUUCUUUUAUCCUUUUCUGGGGGUUUGUUUUGUUGUUACUGUUGUGGACAUAACCUCUCACCUCAAAUUUAACACUUUGUGUGUUGAUGAUUGUACAGUUGGCAUAAUGAUGAUUUUUUUUUUCAACACCUACAACUUCAUUAGAAACCAAUGUAUUUUCCUUCCUUUCUGUUGACAAACUCAAAAUGGCUGCUCACAUAACACAUGCAUCAUCGGUGAUAUUUAGCCUUACCCCCCUCUCAAAUGGCUUCAUUGGCUCCAUUUUUGGCUAUUGAUACGGAAAAUCAUAUAGCCUGUCAUCCAUGUGGUGAGCGUCUGAAUUGUUCGGUGUCUCGCCAUCAUACUGUGAACACGACAUUUGCAGCAACCCUCAUUAAUAAUGGACAACAUCUCACAAAGCCUUUAUCCAUCUUCUGGUACCCACGCAACACAAUAAUGUGACCAUGCUGCAUUCCAGAGAUGUUGGGAAAUCUGAAUAUUCUGACUCCAAAGGGCGAAAUUUAGCAACAUUAACAUUUUCUGAAGUCAGAAACUAACACUACACAAUUAUUACAGCUUUUUGUGAUCCUCAGCACAUGCGUGUAGUUUUCGGUAAAGACUGAGCAUAAUUCUGUCAAAUAGAAAUUAGAUUUAGAAUUUUAAUAGUAUAACACAAUACCAUAAAUAUCUCCAACAUUUUGUGCUACGACAAAGUACUAGGCCAUGAAAAAGUCAAAAACAUGUACUUACAAAUUGUACGUAUUUAGUCUGAAAAUGGAUGAGAUUUAAAUAUGUUGUCACACUGUACAUAAAAAACAAAGCCUAUUCAAAAAUCUGGGGAACUUUUAUAGCAAGUUAUGAUCAUUUCUGCAUUAAAACUUAAACCACCUCAGAAUUAAAUAUAAUGCUCUCUAAGAGAUGCCAAACAACAACUCUUCAUUUUCCCUUUCUCAAUCUAAAUCAUUCUAAUUGAAAAGUUUCUUUUCUUAUUUGUUGGAACUCCCAGCUUUAAGUCAUCUGUAUCACGUCAUGAAUUAGAUGUUGUUGGGUUCUGCACAACUGCUUUACAGAUACAAGUGAUCUGAUCAGCUAAACUGCUUCAGUGUAAAUUUUUAGUUAAAUCUUUUGGUACCUUUUGAAAUCUAUGAAUAUUGAAAACAGAUAGAAGCUGAGUUAGAGUAUAACAAAGUUUGUGGAUAACUUAAUGAAGUGCAGUAAAGUAUUAGGGAGGAUUCGUUCAAAUGUCCUAGUGUAAAGAAAAUCUUUUAGUAGAGUCAAAGCAUGGUCAUCUGCUGCUAAUUCAGAAUUCCGACAUUGCACAGGAAUGCAGUAGUUGCAUUAUGAGCCUGGUCAGGACUAACUAAAGCACAUAAUGACACCGGGUGUCAGGAAACAGACAAUCAUUUAGUGACAGUGCCACGAGCUGUGCCAAAAUCGAGCAGACAAUAGUAAGAAACUCAUUUCUGGGCUUUAAUAGUGAUUUCACCCUGCCUGAUUCUGCUAGUUAGUGUUCGCCACUUCCACUCAUCUCUGACUCACGCUUUCGUUCACCUUAGCAGCUUUGUCUUGUUUAACCACCCUUCAAUGUGUCAGUGUCUCAUCUGGGCCUUGUUGCCUCACCAGUCCCCAAACCAGCCGUUUCUUUAGUAACAGACAGUGAUGCCGCGGUGCUAUGGUGGUUGGGGGAAAUGGCUCACUGGGCUUUAUUGCUAAUUACAUGAAGAAAUGAGUUCUUAUGAAAAGCCCACACCAUUAUGAUGGCAUGCAAAUACACUAAAACACCAACAUGUACCUGUGUAGUGCAUCCAGUACCUUCACGCAUACUGUACGCAUGCACAUACUCUAUACUGUAUGCAUGUGCCUGAACACACUCAUGGGUCAGACCACCACUGUGACCAGCCGGUGGAAUCUGGGCAGCAGAGGAGCGUUGGCUGACCCGAAAACAGUAUGAUCCAUCAUUGGAAAGGUACACUGAUAAAAGCUGGCAAGAUUAUGAACACGUAGCUUUCUUUAUCCUUUGUUUUAUCAUGCAUAUGUUUGCAGCAGCAUGUACUUUUCUGUCUCUAUGUUGUUGUCAUUUUGCAAUGCGAUCGUCUGCUUCUCCGAGCUUCACACUACACCUCAAUUCAGCUUGUGUUUCCCGUUCCUCCUCUUUUUUCUGUGAAGUGAUGCCUUUUAUCAAAGCAAUAGUAUUGCUGAAGUGUUUGAAUGACCCGGACCUCACACACACCUCACAAACUGUAUAGACUCAAUAUAAAUGCACAGACAAUCAGAGGGAGAGAGGUCGUCGGCAGAACAAGCACCGGGGCUAAAGGCUGUCACGGGCCGGUCUAACUUGGUGUUUAGAAAAGUAACACUGGCUACGUUUACAUGCACCACUGUGGAAUUCACCUUUGUGCUGGGACUGAGUCCGUCUGGUGCCAUUAUUAACCAGUCAACAGAUGAGAUCACAUACAGCGAAAUUACUAAUGACCCGUUAUUCUGUAGUUAUGUUGUUCCUGCUUUACAAAUAAAGCCUCUAAGCUGAUGUGUGUAUUUCAGAAGCAACUGUUAGAGUCUACAUGAGCAAAAACAGAAGAAAUAUGGAUUAUAUUUAGACACAACCAGGGCUGGCUGCACAAAAACAAGUUAGACUAAUCCAUAGUCGUGUGUCCAUUCUUAUUUAACUUCUAGAAUAUUGUUUUCCAGUAAAUAUUAAUAGGAGCUAAACUCAGGAACUGUGGUACGACAAGAAAAUAGAUUUUUGUUCAUGUUUUCAGUUACAGAGCCGAAAAGAGUUGAUACGCAAAUGUAAGUAGGUCAUAAGAAGAAGAUUGUUUAUGCAUAAUGUGUAAAUUUCAGGAGUUAACACAGUCAGGCAGUGGGGUGUUCGAAUGAAAAGGUUUUGUUAAUAUAAUGCCAAUUCACAACAAAAGUUAUCUCAAGGCGUAAUGAAUUAGUUUUUUUAACUACUGGUGGUCGGACCAGUAAAUGAACACAGUCAGGGUGGUCGGACCAGUGACUGAACACAGUCAGGGUGGUCGGACCAGUAACUGGACCCUCAGCAGUCUCUUGCAUACCAGUAUGUAACAUUAAAACUAAAUUCUUCAGUAUGCCUGUUCUUCUUUACCUCUAUUUUUUUAACCUAUUCUCAGGAAUUUGGAAUGCAUGACUCUAUGAGCAUUUUAGAAUCUCAUGCUAGCAACAAGCACUUGCUUGCGCUCUGAAAACUAUAGACGUGCUGUAGCAGUUUGACCAGUCACUGAUGUACAGUACUGUUAACAUCAGCAACUACCUCAGGAGCAGGGACUAGGUGCAGGAUGCAAGGUGGCCUGGAAAGCGAAACUGGACCCAAGGCCCCUGACGGCCACACAGACCACACACAGAUCUCCAUCACGCUGAAGGGCAUAUUCUAAGUUUGUCCGUGUGGCUAAUGUAGCUGAUUUGUGUGAUGCUCAACAUUCACUCUACGUUUAGUAUCAGUUUGAUGUGAACACUAACCUUUACAUUCACUGCAGUGCUCUCUGCUUGGAAACCAGGUUGGUGAGUGAGUUUAAUGCAACUAGUCUUGACGGUACUGAAAAGCAAAACAGAAUAAAUCUAUGUGAUGUAGAAGUGCAGAGAGCUGUAAUUGUAUUCGGUUGCAGCCAUUGCCUGCACUUACGGCUCUUGGUUAAGGGCCAAAUCAGACAGUGUGUGUCCAGGCUUUUUCAGAGCUCUGCAUGGGAACAGUCGCAACAAAAACUUGGUCGUCCAAUGAUUUUGACCUUGAGCCUUCCAUCAAAUUUAUUCAGCACAAUUUCAAGUUUGUAUAUGUGGAUUGUUCGUUUAUUUCAUUCAAUUCCUUCUGCAGCUUUGAAGUCAGAGGCUCACGUUCUAUGUCUAACAUGUCGCCUGUGCAUCCAGCCUAUGGUUUCGUGGUCAAAGUAGGAGCCUAUUGUGCAGGGAAAAAUAUAAUCAGACGUUUAACAUCAAAUUCAAAUUUCGAAGCACUUUCUUCUGGCAUUUGGUCUAGUUCUCACUAGACACUUAAAUUUAAUGGUCUUAUAGUUAAGUUUGGCUCAGUUUGUGCAAAUUGAUGUCUAAAAUGUUAUCCAACAUUCUAGGAAGGAGCUUGGAGCGCCAGGAGAGGAAUUAAAUCUUUAAACUGCAGCCUGUAAAAGCAAAACAGGAUCGUAGAAUGUAUUUUAAUGCUCUGAUGUUGAUGGUUAGUCCACGAUCACAGAGGGCCUGUCAUUUAAAGCAACCUCCUUCCUUUUGCAGGUAACUGUCUGAUCCAUUAGUGCAACUUUAAAUCAUAGAAAUCAGUCAUUUUAGACAUUAAAACUGAGUUUAAACCAAAGGUUUCUGUAGUUUACAUGGUGUGAAUUCAGUACAAGCUGGUGCAAAUGUAAGCAUGACUUCUUGUAGGGACACGUUGGUGCAUGUAAACCCAGUCAGCGCUGACUGCUGCUCCAGACAAUGUUUACUGUUCCUGAGGAGGUGCCAGUUCGCUUUUACCUCUCCCAUGACUUGUUACUCUCAAGGUUACUCAGUUACAAACCAAUAUCAAGUUGCACCAUAGAAAAGCUAUUUUACAGUAUACAGGAAAAAAGGAUGUAUAUUUUCAGACUGCAGAUUUUUUUUUACAGAUGUUGGCAUAAUAUGAACAUAUGGUUUUACAUAGUGUUAAGAAAAACUCAGAUCCAUUUCCAUGUCUCAGCAAAAGAACUAUGAGCAAGAUAUUAAGAAUCGUUAAAUUCAAAUUAAUAAAGUAGUUGUAGAAUUAAAACAAGAUGUAGCUGGACUUCACUCUCGGUUCACAGAAGCACAGCUAAACAGACACACAAAUGAAAGGACAACUUGAGGGUGUCGUGGUUGAAGUGUAACCAGCAUCAGAGGAACCAUUAUCCACCAUUAAAACAGAUUUCUCUCCUUGUUUUCUUUUUUUUUUUUGUCUUCUUGUCAAGUCUUCUGUUAAACUUGUACUGGAAAACGGUCAUAACAAGAGGAAGAACUGUAUGUGUGGUAGCGGCACACGCACAGAGUCGUGGUUCCAGAUGUGCACUCUGCGUUUAGGUUGUGAGCCACUGUCCCCGACCGGGCAGCGCUUUGAAGUGAGCACAGAAGACGUCAACAAGGAUGAUUCUGAUGCUCAUGACUGAUGAUGUGAACUGGCUUUUCAGAAUAAAGAUGGUUUUGAGAGA